AGGAGCUGGCCUCUCAUGUGAAUUGGGAAUCCUUGGUUCUUCUUUUGGGUUCAUUUCUCCUCCUGCUGCUGUUGCAUCCCAACCCAUUGCACCAUGAUUCGGAUGGUGUCGCUCCUUUGGUUGUUGACCGUCUCCGGGGCCGUGGCCGUGGCGCUGGACCCUCCGAAGGCGAUGGUGACGGCGGUGCUGGGCAAGGAUGCGGUGCUGCCGUGCGCCUUCACCAGCGACGAAGCCACAGUGCUGCAGGUGCGGUGGCUCAAGCGCGGGGAGGACGGGGUGGACGUGGACGUGGCGGUGCUGAACGUGGAGCACGGGACCUACGUGGAGGAGGCCUACCUGGGCCGGGUGGCCCGCGCCUCCGAGUCCGACACCCUCCAGGACGGGUCCGUCCGGCUGCGCAACGCCGUCCAGGCCGACGAGGGGACCUACGAGUGCCACCUCAUCACCUUCCCCUUGGGGAACUUCGAGUCCAGCGUCCGGCUCAAGGUCCUGGUGCCUCCGCUGCCCACGCUGAACCUGGGCCCACCGCUGGAGGAGGGCCAGGGCCGGACGCUGGCGGCCUCGUGCACGGCAGAGGGCAGCCCGGUGCCCAACGUGUCCUGGGAGACGGCGGUGCGCGGGGAGACCCGCAGCCAGCAGUCCUCGCACCCGCGCUCGGCCUCCGUCACCAGCGAGUUCUACGUGGUGCCCGGGCGCAGCAUGCACGGCCAGGCCCUCACCUGCGUGGUCUCCCACCCGGGCCUCCAGCACAAGAAGAAGAUCACCCACACCCUCAACGUGGCCUAUCUCUCCGACGCCUCCAUCUUGGGCCAGGAAGCGGAGGACAACUGGGUCGAAGGCCGGGAAGGGGCUUCGCUGAAAUGCCUCGGAGACGGGAACCCACCACCCUCCUACAACUGGAGCCGGCUGGACGAGCCCCUUCCGGACGGUGUGAGGGUCAAAGGGGACACCUUGACCUUCCAGCGGGCCUUGAGUUCGGACGAUGGAGGCGUCUACGUGUGCCAAGUUGCCAACAGCUUUGCCACCAAGGAGGUCCAGGCCUCCGUCAACAUCAAAGGGAACCGGGCCCAGGAGGUGGACGUGGUCUCUGUCUCCAUGAUCGGGGCUGGGGUCAUCGCCGUGGUCCUACUGGGCUUGCUGGUCUUGGUGGUGGCCCUCAUGGCUUGCUACCACAAGCGGAAAACCAAGCGCAUCACCGAGAAAUAUGAAGAGGAGCUGACGCUGACCCGAGAAAACUCCAUCCGGAGGCUGCAUUCGAGCCACAGCACCGACACUCGGAACCAGACGGAAGAGAGCCUCCCGUUGAGGUCCGAGAGCCGCCAGGGCAGCUUCCGAGGGGACAGCCUUUGCCGGGAGAGCCUCCGUGGAGGGGACAGCCUUUGCCGCGACAGCCGACAAGGGAGCUUCCGCGCCGACAGCCUCCGCGAGACCAGCCUCUGCUCCGUCUUGAGCGAGGAAGCGGAGGGCCGCAGCUACUCCACUUUGUCGACAGUGCGGGAGAUCGAGACGCAGACGGAGCUUCCGCCGCCACCCCCGACUCCGGUCCAGGAGGAACGGAAGGAGGAAAAGGAAGAGGAAGCGGGCGAGGAAGAGGAAGACGAGGAAGCGGAGCGGGAGCAGCGGGACGGGGAGAAGACCAUCAAGCAGGCCAUGACCCACUUCGUCCAGGAGAACGGCACCCUCCGGGCCAAGCCCACCACCAACGGGAUCUACAUCAACGGGCGCGGGCACCUGGUCUGACUUCCUGACCCUCGGUGGGACCGAAAUCCUAAACCCGAAAUCCAAUAUGGAAACUGUAACGGGGAGUCCGAUAUGAACCCCGAUUGAAAGGCAACCCUUCGUAAUCGGGGAGCGGUAUGAUUUUUGUAAGACUAUUUCAGAGUGGAUUCGGGAUGGGAAAAAUUGUCUUUCGGAGCGAAUUCGGAACUGGAAAAAUUCGUCUUUCGGAACGAAUUCAGACACGAAAACAGCGAAUUCGUUUCCCAUUCGACUCCGGACUCUCUUGUUAUUAAGACAAGGAGGUCAGAUUGAAAACAAACACAUGUUAAGUUAUGUAUUAUUAUUAUUAUUGUGGGUCUUGGACGAUGCCCGGAUUAACAUUACGGGAGAAGAAUUGAGUCCCGUAAAGAGCGGAAACCCCAAAGUGUAAUUGUGAUGAUUCGAACACUGAUGACGAUGACGAUGACGCAAUACCUGCCAGAAUCCUUCUCCAAUGGAUUUCUGCAUUGCCUUAAUUGCACCCGCCGGGAUUUGAUAAGCCAGCGAAGGACUCUGCUCGUACGGAUCCCAAACGGAUGGGAAGCUAUCUAUCUGGAGAGCCAAAUAUGAUGGAAGAAUGGGGGGAAAGUGCCUUUCUGGGGAACUCUAUGGACUUUGUAAGGUUUUCUGAUCAAUGGGUUGAAGUAGAGCCUUGGUGGUUUCCCAUCCAAAUCCCGACCGGGGCCAACCCUGCUUAGCAUCCAAAUUCUGACCGGAUUUGGCAUCUAAAAACACAUCCAGAUCAACCCAUUGCAGUCUCAGAUAGCUCAAGAAUAAAAAUGAAUUGAAAUAGACCCUUGUAAGGAAUUGGCAGACUCCCAUCCAAAGCCCGACCGGGGUCGACCCUGCUUAGCAUCCAAAUUCUGACAGGAUUUGGCAUCUAAAAACACCUCCAAAUCUACCCAUUGCAUUCCCAGAUAUCUCAAGAAUCAAAAUGGGUUGAAAUAGAGCCUUGCAAGGAACUGGCGGUCUCCCAUCCAAAUCCUGACCGGGGCCAACCCUGCUUAACAUUCAAAUUCUGACUGGAUUUGGCAUCUAAAAACACCUCCAAAUCAACCCAUUGCAUUCCCAGAUAUCUCAAGAAUCACAAUGGGUUGAAAUAGACCCUUGUAAGGAAUUGGCGGACUCCCCUCCAAAUCCCGACCAGGGCUGACCCUGCUUAGCAUCCGAGUUCGGACUGGAUUCGAAUGCUUCGGCUUCUAAAAUCACAUCCAAAUCAAUCUACUACCUUCCCAUAUCUCACAAAUCGACUUAUCCUUUGGAGGAAACGGAUUCAAAAAUCCUAUUAAGUGUUAAACUAUAUAUAUAUAUAGAUAUAUAUAAAUGUAUAUUUUUAAAUGUCUUUGUAUUGUUUUGAUCGGCGGAUGCGUAUCCGCACUGGAGGAUUGAUGCAGUUUGGCGCCACUUGGGCUCGUGACUAUGGAUCCCUUGCAAAACUACCACUCCCAUAGCACUGAGCUAUGGUCAUUAGUUACACAAGUGGCGCUAAACUGGUUAAUUCCGCAGUGUGGACGCUCGCCCCUUUGUGUGACUUUCCUGCAGCUAUUUCUUGAUCCAUUCAAAAGGCAGCUUAUACUUGGAAGAAAGAGGAUGUAAUGGGUUCGAAUAUAUAUAUAUAUAUA